CCUAACCCCACAUAACCUAACCUAACCCCACAUAACCUAAGCUAACCUAAACAAAACGAUUCUAUUGGACAUCUACGUCUGGUGGUUUUAUUGAUUUUCCUUAGUUAAAAUGUCUAAUUGUCUUACUAUUAUUUGUAAACUCUCACUGAGGAACAGAUGAAUAUGGUGAAAGUUUAAUUCAGAAGCUGAGUUUUGGGCAGAAGAAGAAGAAGAAGAGGGAGAAGAGGGAGAAGAAGAGGGAGAAGAAGAGGGAGAAGAGGAAGAAGAAGAAGAAGAAGAAGAAGACAUCAUUUUAAGAGUGUGUGUAUAGGUGGAGGUGUGGUAGGCCUAAAGCAUCUAGACGUGGGCGGUGAGGGCGGUCUUAGACAUCCAGGUUGUGAGGGGUGUCCUCGAAAUCAGCUUGUGAGCGGCUUAAGACAGCGGCAGUAAGGGACAGAAGCGUUAAGUCUGCAACAUCAUCUUGCAAGUGCCGUGGGAGGCUUAAGACGCCAGGUAGUGGGCGUUUUGGGCGGCUUGAGGUGACACCUGGUGGGCGGGAUGUGGUCGUGGGCGGCUCUAAUACUCCUCCUAAGCCACGUCUGCCUCGGGGGAUUUACAGGUACAGACGGACACAGACUUACAGACAAGGAAGAGUUACCGGCCCACAAGCGUCAGUCUGUACAGUAUUCAACGUUAGUCGGUCCGUCUUUCAUCAACGCCUCCAUCCACGCCCACGCCCACGCGCCCAUCGGCCAGACAGCCUACCUCACCUGUGUGGUUAGGAAUCUCCACAACUACACGGUGUCGUGGGUGAGAGCCAGAGAUAUUCACCUGUUGACAGCUGGUGAGACAACGUAUACAUCUGACAACAGUCCACCUUUUUAG